GUCCGUGUCCGUGUCCGUCUAUGAAAGUUAUUUGUAACCACGUGAACGCCACGCCCAUGCAGACAGAGCCCACAAACAGACAUACAUCCAACAUUUCUUUGUCCACGUGUCAGUCAGCCCACAGAGUAGCUUGACCCAGCAAGCGACAGCUACAGAUCAGUAAACAAUGUACGUACGACAUGAUAAAUACAAACAUACAUACAUACAUACUUGAGUACUAAGGUAUGUGGCGGAGACCAAUGAAUGCACCAGCCAGCAGAGAGACACCUGCGGUUCUCAACCCGUGAUGCACUUGUAUCUAUCUCCCAUCACGACACAAAUGAAUGACAGACAGACAGAUCAGUAAGUAGAUGACAUGAUCCACCCAGCUAAAUUCUAAUUGUUCGGACCGGCAGCACAGAAGGGCCGGUCGUACACAAACAAAUAGAGAGUGAGAACCUGUCUAGUCUCCCAUACACACACACUGACACUCCUUUCUCCCUCGCAACGAGCAGACAGGCAUGCACAUGCCAUGGAUGGAACUAAUUAACUGUCGACGCCUUCCCCUCCCUCCCUCCCUCCCUCCCUCAUUCGGGCUGCGAUAUGAAGGGAUUUGAGACCCACUGCAAGGCCUCCGCCAUUGUCCCGGCGAAAUCCACCGCCUUGCUACACUGCUCGCACCGAUAUUCCGGCUCGUCCAGCAGCUCCAGCUGCUCCGCACCCUCACCCUGCGCCAGCACCACGUUAGCCCGUUUCCUAUCGGCGUUCUCGGCCCUCACCCGGCCGAGUCUCCGCUGCCAGGCCUGUUUGCGGUUGGCAUAGCAGGUGGUGCAGAUGUGCAUGUGUCUGCAGGGGAUGUACAUGACGGCCGCGGGGCCGUGCUCGCCGAAACAGACCAGACAGUCCACCAUAGACGCACUGCUGCUGGCAGCACCGGCGGCGGCAGGUGGGAGUGGGUGGAGUCCCUCAUUGAAGCUGCUGGACGGCGGGCAGGCAGGAGACCUGACACAAGCACCAGCGAAACAGUCAAUCCGUCAUCUCCGUGACGCCUCGAUCCUCACCUGUCGGGGAAUGUCACUGGCCGCCGAACGCCGCCACCACCACAAGACGCAAACCUAAGUGAAGGAGACACGGCACAAUGGUCGGCAAUGAGAUGGCCUCCCUCCCUGCCCAAUGCUCUGUGUCCUCACCUGCCGCACUUGACGAGUGGCGGGGGGCCCCUGCGGGACGCACCAUCAUCAGCACGCACCGAACUUCCCGAUGAGGGCCACUCAUGGCUGAGGGCAGCACCACACGAGACCUCAGGAGGGCUGGGCGGAGGGGGCGGGGGCGGGGGAAGGGGCGGCCGAUGAGCCGUCGAGCUGCUGAUGUCCUCUGCUGACGGCAGCCAGGGAGUCGGAGGGGCCGCGCCCAUCGAUGGCGGCGGUGGUGCGAUGGUUGGCAGCCCCAGGCCCCUCCCGGCCGCCCGCCCCCUCUUUGGUAUGCUGACGCUCAUCGGCAGAGUGUCGCGCGGCGUCUGGUCGGCCGUCGAUGUGGCAGUGCUGAGGUCUCCAGAGGGAUGCCCCUCACUGUCUCUCGUCGGAGAGCUGCUGGGCGGCGUCAUGGGAUGGCCAUUGCUGAAGUCGUUUGGCGCCUGUUGUGGGGGCGCCGCCAAAUGAGAUGAGCUCGGUAGACCAGCCUCCGGUCGCAAAGCUGACCCACCAGUUCUGCCUGGCCGCCCGCCUUUUCUGCCCUUCUUCUUUCGGUGUCCCUCUGUGGUCUGGGUCCACUGGCCGCCACUGUCUGCCAUCGCCUCCACCUGAUGCUGAUCAGCCGAUCCAUCCCCAGACAUGGUGGGUGGCUGGAGGUCACUGCUGCUAGUGGCCCUGGUGCUGGGUGUGGCAGUGGAGGCACUCUCACUGUCAUCGUCAGCAGCAGCGGAGGAUGGCUGAGCCGUCGGCCGGCGGGAAGCAGAAGCGUUGGGCUGCCUGGCAUGGCCUCUCUGGCCCCUCCCCUGCCCUCUGCUCCUCUCUGCUUCCUCCUCAGCUAUCAGCUGUGCCGCUGUGUCUUCGGCCUGACGCUGCUCACGGCUUUGGUUCCAUCGGUCGAUGUGGGGCUGGAGAAACCACCACAGCACGGAGGCGACAGCCACAAGAAGGAUUCCGCCCCCAAUCCACGGCGCCCAAGGUGAGGACAGCUGCAAAGGAAGAGUGGUCGGCCUUGUAACGGUGCCUUUUGGGCCCUGCGUACCGUUUCCCCGGUUGUUGUUCGCCGACGCAGGUCCGCCGCGUAGACGGACAGCGUAUUCGUAACAGCCUGUGCGGCGCUGCUGGCAAUGUUAGCAUCAGGGCUCCUUGCAAUGUAUUCAAUCGACUGCUGGCAUCUCUGCAGUCACCAAAACAGACCGUGUGCGCCACGCAAGUGACUUAGUGAGUGCACAUCGCAUCCGACCAUGCUGCCAACGAUAGUCUUUGCGACUUCCUGCCCCAAAACGUCGCUGUCCCUGAUCAAUCAAUGCACCACCAACAAACAGACAGGAUGCCUCACCCUUGUGUGGAUGGCGUUCGUUGCGUACCUGAGUAUCUCUUUGAAGGCCAGGAGCAAUGUUGUGAUAAGGCCCUCUUCAAUGCGCUCGUGUACAGGUAAGCCCCCCGAUAUCGGGGUCGAGAUGAAUGUACACGCCGCCUCGAGGCACCCGUUGUCGACGGCGUACCGACGCUGAACACACAGCAGUGCACAUCACAAUGUACACCGCAUGAUUCCAUUUAUGGCAUGGGCACAUAGUCGAGAAGCGUACCUGUCCUUCGUCCCCCUCGAACAACAGAGAGCUGCACACUGCAUGCACUAAAGGCAUGCAGUCGAGGCCUUUGAAAGCGUUGGGCAGGAUGCGGUUUGUGACUAUGGCCGUAGGACUGAGGCCAGACUUGCGCCCUACGAUGUAGUCUGGAGUAAAGUCCGCACACAAACACGCACAGAAGUGAAUGACAAACAGCGCCACCUACCUUCGCAUAUGCGCGUCACCGCCAUCGUGAAUAACAAGACGGCGGCGCGGUCCCGAGUCGAGUUGUCAGAUGACAGAAGCAAGGCCGACAGCUUUUCCACACCCCCAUGGUUGACAAGAGCAUCAGCAAGACCUGGUGCUGUCACAGCACACGAUCCGUCGGGCGAUGUGUGGACCGGAAUCCUGGCGAGCAUCACCACUGCAGCAUUCUUGACCGACGAGUGGCUGUGGUCCAGCAGCUGAAACAGGGGCAAAAUGGUAGUAGCAGUCUCGGGCGGACCAUAGAUCCACGGCAAGUGCUUCAGGAUGGCAGUCAGAGGCCUCACGAUGUCCUCCAUGUCGCUGUCUGGCAGCUCUAAAGUGCGGCUGAGGGUAUCGACAAGCGACGAAUGGGUGCCACCUCUGACAAACAGUCUGAAACAGACAGACAGACAGACAGUCACACUCGUGCCAGCCGACCGGUGCCACCUCGACUCACCGAGCGAGGGCCUCAGCGGCCUCAGUGCCGGUCUCUGCCACCUGCUGCAAGACAGUCGCCGCCUCAACCUGCACUUCACGGUGGUCGAAGUCGCCGACGAGGCCAAGGAUGGCCGGCCCAAACUGACCGACAAUCUCGGCAGCAGCUUUCUCUGGGAAUUUGCUCUUCUUGACCACGGAGGGGAUCCCCCGCAGCGUCCGUAGCUGCUCGUGCCUCUCAUCACUGUUCAGCUCAUUUAUCAGUUUCUCCGCCGCCCUGUCUUGGACGGCGUUAUAACGAUCCCCCAGCCGGGCAAGCGCAGCCUCGUGCGCCUCAUCCCCUCGGGGAAGGUGAUGCAGGACGGUGCUCAAAGGUUCCGCAACGUCCAUCAUUCUGUCAUCCGGCAAAUCCGUUGCGUGAAUGAGAGUCUCGAUGACGGACGACCGAGCACCAACACUAUACAGGACACCAGACACAGACAGCAACACACAUGGGUCCUGCCUGUCAACCAACGGACAAGCAUCCGACCUCUCACCCACUCACCGGGCGAGGGCGUCAGCAGCCUCAGUGCCGGUCUCUGCCAUCAUGGCCAGCAGAGCCGCCGCCUCAACUUGGACUGCAGGGUGUCCAAAGUCGCCGGCGAGGGCAAGGAGAGCCUGACCAUAGAGACCAGCGUAUCGUGCAGCAUCCUCCUGCGGCCGUAAGCCCUCCCCGAUGUCCUCAAAGAGGGACUGCAACACGUGGAGCUGCUUGAGGCUGUCGUUGCUCUCCAGCUCACGCAGCAGGGGCAACUGUCGGCCUUCGCACGUUUCCGCAGAGGAAGCGAUGAGCACGGCGAGCACCAGAGAGGAGCCGCAACAGGAGAAGCCGAAGGGCAUCG